GAGGAGGAUGGGACACUGCUGAUGCUGAUGCGAGAGGUUUCGGUGUCUGUGAUCAACAUCGGCGGGCUGACUGCCGACUGAUGGAGCUUUUUGGCGUUAUUUAUUGCCAUUUUCGUUUCCUUGUGAGUUCGGACGAGGGUCUCUGUGACGGAUGUGUUUUUUGAGACGAGAAUAAUAGAAGAAUUUGAAGAGGGAAGAGCGGUUUCGUCUCGUCACUCGUCUGGCCUCGUCUUAUGACUGACACAGGUGGAUCGCCGCUGGAAAACGCCAUCGAAAUGAAGGCAUAAUGUCGGGCUAUCACAGGAGCGAAGAUAUCCGCAGUUACCUCCUUUAAAACCCCUGGGAUGUUCAAGCUCUUGUUUGGUUCGGUUUAACCGAGAGAGGUAGACGCGGGACUGUUUGGCGUGUUAGCUAGCUAAUAGGCUAAUUUCGCUAGCCAGUCAGUUAGCAGCUGGCAAGGAAGAAGUGGGAUGCUCGAAGGAGGAGUUAAUGUUAGUUGCUAGCUUAAAACCACUGGAAGGGGGUUUGACUUGGUUUAUAUUUGGUUAACCGUCUUGUAACGAGAGGUUUAACUGUUAAAGCUAGAGGUUAAUGAAUGUGUGUGUGUAACGCUGGUCACAUCGUUUCCCCGCUGCUCUGUCGGCUUCUCGGCAAAUUAGCUUGCGAUGGAUAAUGUUGGAUAAUCGGCUAAGAAAGCUAAUGUUGACAAACACGGGUGACCUAACGCGUUAAUUUGUGUUGUUUUGAAUCGGCCGGCCGUCGAGCCGAGAUGCUGUCGGGCGUUAUGUUCAGUCCAGUCCUGAGACUUUAUUUCGGGGAUUGGCCAGCUUUCAGGUCGAAGUGAAGCAUGUUGACGUUGGAUGAGCUGGAGCUGAAACAUUUGGCAACAACCAGGAGAGGACCUGCCAUGACAGAAAGGGACGUAGUGAGUCAAAACACAUUUACAUCAGCACGAUAUUCAGUAAGGCUAAGACAUUAAUAUGAUUUUUGAAUUUAGGGAACGUCGUUGUUGAGAUGUGGAUGGCAGUUUAAAUAACAAAUACAGUUUGUUAAUCUGUUGCCUGACUGACUCUUGUUACUCAACCUACCUACCUUCUUAAAACUACCCUUACUGGUCAACCCUAUACUGUUAUUUAUAAAAAGCACUAUACCUGCCAGCAUUUCUAAAUGUUAGCAGCAGACUAUUCUUGUAGGAUUUCCACACAUUCAUAUCAAGAUUUCACUGGAGAUGCGUGGUGCCAUUUAAAAACAUGGCAUUAAGAUUGAAGAAUUGGAUCUUUACAACAGCAGUGAGAUAAGACGUCACCAGCUUUCUCAAGUUUGCAAAGUGGGACAGCCAAUAUAAAUGGAGCCGACAGUCCUGUCUGGCCCUUUGGGGCACACACAGUGGGAGUCAGAACAGCCAUUUCCUCUUGGAUUUCACACACUGGAUUCAGACAAUGGUGGUGUGCUCUGUCCAAACAAGGGUGGCCAGACAGGUUUGGAUUUCAGAAACAGUGAUCAAGAUCAAACGUGCCAACAGUUUGAAGAAGUGAGAAGUGAAGAAGAAAAUAUUUUCCAGGAAAAGCCAGUAGAGUUGGACAACCUCAUAAAUAUCUCAGAUUUUCCUUGUCGAGAUUUGCAGUUUAAGGGAGAUCAGUCCACUAUUUCCCUCGCUUCUCUCCAUAGUACUCACAUAGAGGAAUUGUCCCUCACAGAAAAAACUGAGGGACCCGAUGAAAUAAGUGACUGCACAUUAUCUUGGUUAUUUUCCCCCAAACUCGCUGAUGUGGUUGGGAAAAACUCUGCCUGUGAAGAACUGAGUCUGACACAGGAAGACCCUCUUGAGAGCUCAGAUGCCCUCAGUAGUCAGGCUGAGCUAAUAAGCCUCAGUGUACCGGCUUCUCCGUCGAACAUUUCCGAGACCAACACGGGGGAUUCGUUUUUGUUGGUAGAUCUCCUCACAGACGAACUCCCUUUUUUCCCCCCAGAGUCCUCAGGUGAGUUAAACCCACAGGGUGUCAGUGAGGAGCUGGUAGACUUGACACAAGAGGAGCAGGCAGGUCUCCCUCCCUCACAGAGCAGGGAGACUUUGUCACCUGAAACCAGAGAUAAAGGUUUAUUCCCUGAUCAAGUGACUGACCUGCCUGUAUCCUGUAGCACUACCCUGCGAGGUUUACCUGAGAACUGCCUCCCGCAUAACCACAUCAGCGCGCCACUGGAGGGUUUCGAAGGAUCCGUGCCUUUGUUGGAUUUAGAAGUUCCAGAUUGUGAUAGCAGUCUGAGCCUGUGCCCAGCCAGUCCCACUUCUGUUAUCUGCACAGGUGCACCAUUAGAUUUAUUAACAGAGGAGUCGGAGGUGGAACAUGCAGGAGCUACUGUAAUUACAAAUCUGACUUCAGAUCAGCAAGGUGAGAAUGAGUCAUUUGCUUCCGGUUUGUCAGCUGAAUCUUCAUCACUGACGGUGCCUCUGGCUGAAGAUGCCUUCAUCCAGGGUGAUUUCACCAGUGAGAGUUACUCUGUGGAACAUGAGUCUAAGGAUUUGAUGGAAGACAAGAUUUGUUCUGAAGCCAAAACUCAGGGGAAUGAGGCAAUGGCUUUGGAUCUGUGCUUGACUGCUGACGAGGUCCACGACAAGGACACUUGGGACUUGAAAACACAGGAGAGUGUACAGGAUGGAAGCGUACCCGAUCCGACAACUGAACAGAGGGAAGAGGAGAGGUUGACAGACACAGACCAGCUCGAAGGAUCAGAUUGUCAUGAAGUGGCUUCUUUUGAUUUUUCAGUUCAGGACUUACACACUUCUUCACCUGAGGCUGGAUGGACUAGUGAGCAAGCUGUGGAGACAAUUUCCCUCUCUAAGAUGGUGGUAGAUGACUCACUGCCAAUGGUCUCAGCUGAGAAUACGAGGGAGGAAGAUGUCUCCCCACUAAAAGCUGUGUUCGAUGCUUUAGACCAAGAUGGAGAUGGCUUCGUUCGUAUUGAGGAGUUUAUGGAGUUUGCUGCUGCCUAUGGGGCCGAUCAGGUGAAGGAUCUGACCAAGUUUUUGGAUCCCAGUGGCCUGGGAGUGAUCAGCUUUGAAGACUUUCACCGUGGAAUCUCUGCGAUUAGCAAUGGGGGUCCAGAGCCACAGCUCUACAGUGUAAACUACAGUCCAGGGGAUGGAGCUGUGGGCUGUCCAGAGGAGUACGAUGAGCAAAAUGAGGUGACGGACAGUGCCUACCUGGGCUCCGAGAGCACUUACAGUGAGUGUGAGACCUUCACUGAUGAGGACACGGGGGCCCUCGUACCCCCCGAGAUGCAUGAGGAGGUGGAGACGGACAGCGGCAUCGAGGCCACACUGCACGACCCCGAAGAUGGCAGAAAUAGGUUUUCCCUGAACUCUGAGCACCACAACCACUCCUUGGUGUCCGUCAUCGGUGGAGAGGAGGAGCACUUCGAGGACUUUGGCGAAAGUAAUACCUCAGAGUUGCUACUGGAGAGCCGCGUGGAGGGGACGGAGGGGCAGUGCGGCUCCCCUCUCGUGCAGCCCUCUGAGCAGGUCAAUGGCUCCUCACUGCUCUCUCCCAGUGCACCUGCUCCUCUCCCUGACUGCUUUCAGAGCUUCCUCAGGGAAGAGGCGCUGGACUUUUUCUGUAGCCAGUGUCACAAACAAAUAAGUCGUCUCGAGGACCUCUCGACUCGCCUCAAUUUCCUAGAGAUGACUAGCGCUGGCAAGAGACUGUCCAGCAAGAAAGUGGCAAGGCAUCUCCUGCAGAACAGCUCGAUGACUCUGGACACCAUGAGCGACUUAACGCGGGACAUCCUGGAGCUCGCUGACAAUGACAUCACAGACAAGGUGCUACUCCUUGAGCGCCGAGUGGCAGAGCUGGAAAAAGAGUCCGAGGCAUCGGGGGAGCAGCACACGCGACUGCGCCAGGAAAACCUUCAGCUGGUGCACCGGGCCAAUGCCUUGGAGGAGCAGCUGAAGGAGCAGGAAGUCCAGGCUGACGAGCUACUGCAGCAAGACACUCGUCGUCACAAGGAGGCUAUGGUCAAGCUGGAGAGGGAGAGGGGGCUGGAGCUGGAAAACCUGCAGGCCAGGCUGCAGCAGCUGGAUGAGGAGAACAGUGAGCUGAGGUCAUGUGUCCCUUGUCUUCGAGCAAACAUUGAGAGACUAGAGGAGGAGAAGAGGAAGCUGCAGGAUGAGACAGAAGUCAUGUCUGACAGGCUGCAGGAGGAGACAGAGUCCCGCAAGAAGAUGGCUGACAAGCUGAGCCAUGAGCGCCACCAGAGCCAGAAGGAGAAGGAGUGCACUCAGGAGCUCAUUGAAGACUUGCGUAAACAGCUUGAGCACCUACAGCUCUACAAGUUGGAGGCUGAAGCAAAGAGGGGACGCUCGCCCGGUGCAGGGCUGCAGGAAUAUCAGACCCGCACCCGCGAAGCCGAGCUGGAGCAAGAGAUCAAACGACUCAAACAGGACAACCGCAGUCUGAAGGAGCAGAAUGAUGAGUUAAACGGCCAGAUUAUCAACCUGAGCAUCCAGGGAGCCAAGAACUUGAUGUCGGCCUCCUUCUCCGACUCCCUGGCAGCUGAGAUCAACUCUGUGUCUCGUACGGAGUUGAUGGAGGCUAUCCACAAACAAGAGGAGAUCAACUACAGACUCCAGGACUACAUUGACAAAAUCAUCGUGGCCAUCAUGGAGUCCAACCCCUCCAUCCUUGAGGUCAAAUAGACACCAUACAGCCACACACAGUUACUCCUCAGGCUGUUAGAAAUACUUGGCUAAAAGAGAACCACCAGGAAUGGAUGUAAAAAUAUUCUCACAUCAGUUUGGUAGGAAAACAACAACACACUCGACUCAUCCAAUCCCCCCCCAAAGGAGAACUUAAGAUUUCUAAGAAGUCCGUGGCUAAGCAAUUUUCAGUUAGAUAUCCCUUGAGUCUGUGCUUCUCUGUGAGUGUAUGUGUUAACCCUCCUGAGUACACUUGGGUUCUGGUGACUUCCAUGUAUUUGGCCAGAGGGACCCGAGUCUCCCCCUGUUGAGUGAGUGAAUGUGUAAAUGUGUGCAAAGAUCAGAAAGAGUAGAAAAUCUUCCUGUCCCUUUCCAAAAGAAAAGUGUCAAUGUUUGAUUGAGUUAUAAACAACGAUCAGACAAUUAUACAGUACCGAAAGGCCUUAAAUGAAAGGUGAUCAAAGUAUUGAUGAAUUCUACAUACCAUACAUGCCUCAGUGUAGUGUUAACUGGGAUGGUGGUGGUAUGUGGGGCUGUGAUCUCCUGAACCAGGCUGAAUGGUGCUUUUAUUCACGAGCGAGAAAAGCCACAUGAAGCAUGGGUCAGGUAAUUGAAGCAGCAAUUUCUCUUUUGAAUUUGUCUUUUUAAUAGGUUAAAAGCUUGCUGUGCUGCCUACCGGUCCCUAUAACGGUGUGUUCUGUCCUUUUAAAACAUUUGUCUUUCCAGUGAACCCAAGUGAGGGACAUUUCUAGGGGUCGAUGAUAAGAAAUGCCCUGAGGGUUUUGUGUGUGUGUGUGUGUGUGUGUGUGUGUGUGUGUGUGUGUGUGUGUGUGUGUGUGUGUGUGUGUGAGUGUGAGUGUGUGAGGGGUUUGACAUUUCCUUUUUUUUUACUCAGUGUUACUUAAAGGUUUUGAAAAAAGCUUGGUGACACUAGGAGGAGGAAUAUGAGCUUAAAUGCCCCAAAUGAAAGAACUGGGUGGUUUAUAAUUUGCCUCAUCUCAUUAAAUUUUAUUUUACAAUGAAACAGGGUCCUGGAGCUUAGGUGGGCUGGAAACCUCCAGUGGAAAAAAACAAAAUACUAUAUUUCCCAUUACUCCCUGUCACAAAUAGUAAACAACUCAAACAUAUCUCACUAAGUGUGGACUGGGUGCUGUAACUGACAAAAUAUAUACUCACAAGUUCACUUUGUAAACUCUCCAAACACUUGAACUAAGCAUGAAGGGAAACUGAUGAGUGGUUCUGGGAAUUGUAGUGUAGUUUUAUAUAUAGUGCAGCCCACCUGACUCCAGUGUUCUCUUGCUGAGUGAAAGCGAUGGGGAGCAAGUUUAUCCAGGUGACCAACCUUCUCUUUUUUUUUUUUUUUUUUUGCUGCACAAGUGAUUUGAUGUCGGUAAAAAUAUUGACAUUCGACAAGUUGUAUGUGAAUCAAACUGUUGUACUUUGCACUAAGUUUUGUUUUGAUUUCAUUAUUGUUAUGUUAAUAGAAAGAAAAUGUUUAUUUUGAAGGGAUCAAAUCAUAAAUGAAGAUAGUUUUGAAGCCCAUAUGAAGAUGAUAGUGUGCGGGAUUUGUUGCUACUGACAUGCAGACAUCCCAUCACGCUAUAGAAGAAAAUGCAUCACACUAAGUUUAAUGCCAUAUUGAAUUCGAAAUAUUUAAGAAUACUAAAAAAACCAAACAUGCAGCCAUGUCUUAGGAUGUAUUUCAUUUACAUACUGUAUUUUUUCAGCCAUCAGGAAUUCAGAUGAGCUUUCUUUUGCUGGCUAUUGGCCAGUUUAAUCUUUUUCCAGACCAGAUCUGCAGACAUGAUACUGAAGAGACGUGGCAGACUUUGUUAGCAAUAAUGCUGGGCAAGAAAGCGGACAUUGGUGGAGGGCAGAUGAGACAAAUCUGCUCUUUAUUUCCUCUGCUGAAGCGACAUCUGCUUCUUUGAAGAUGUAUGGGACUGACUCUGGACUAAUGCCGUGCUUGUUGGUACUGUGCGGCCAUCUCACAAUGCUUUUUCGACAUUUCUUUCAGACUCAGAAACUGGACACAGGUGUCGGAAUCACCCACCGGACCCCUUGAUGGAUUUAUAGUUGAACGGUUGUCGUGGGAGGUUGUUUUUGUCCAAACAGCAUGGCGUUCUGCACCAAUAUGCUAAGAAUUCCUAUUUUUCACCCUUCUCACCUCUGUGUCACUGCUCUUCUUCACCUGCCACUCCAUGGAAAAAAUGGCCUUGGAUGUAAAUGACUUGUACAUGUAAAGUUUUUUCUACACUCAUUCUAGAUUCUAGGUAUUUUUAUAGUCCGAAGAAAAGAACAUUUCUUCUUCUUGUCUUAUGCUGAGAGACAGCUGCCUGUAUUCUUCUCUAGCAUGUAGCGUGUACAGUACCUGUUGGUUAUUUUUUUUUCUUUCUUGUUUUAAAUAACAUGCAGAUAUAUUUAUUCAUCAUUUGACACAAACGACAACUCACACUCUGUGAUCUGUUCUGCUGAAAACACGUUUGUACAUUUUUGAAUUCACAAGGGAGAGAUUAAUUCACGCUGAAUGAAUCUGUGGGAGAAUUUAUUGAAUUAAGAGAAAUGUUCAUAGCAAAGAUGUACUGUUCUUUGGGUGACUUGCCAUCGUGUGCAAAAGCUUGAAUGUGACCUGCUCAGAAUGGUCGUUUGUCGAGGUCGUUGCACUCUUCAAUAAUGCUGAGGUUGCUGUGACCUCUUCAGGGUUUAGAUACGUGGCAGAGUCUGCAGUUUCUACUGUUGUCUUCCCAGAUGGAGUCAGGUCCUGCAUGGAAACACUUAUUUUUUAUUGUAUAUCUCUGAUUAAGAUCUAAUGUUUUGACUGACGAAUCAUAUGCUAUAAUUUCUAUUAGUGGAGCUGUAGGUUGUGAGACCUCAUGUCAACACACGACACCUAAAAAAAAAAACCUCACUCCCAGGCUUGCUGAGUUCAGCUUCCGACCUAUUAGUGUGACUGGAGGUUUGCCCCAACAGAUUUAAUACUUUAUAGCAAUGGGUCAUUUUUUUUUUUUUUUGCAUUACAAAGAGGAAAUGGGAUGAGACUUGAACACAGCAGGCAAUUGACAGAGUCUGGGGACUAACAUGACUUGCAACAGUAUAACUAGACAGUGAGACCACAGAGCUGACAAAACAUUCCCUUUUAGCAGAGCUGAAGGUGAUUGCACUUUAACCAGAUCCAAAUUCCUGCUUACAAAAUGACCAAAGACAGAUGUUUGAACUGAAACCGAUCAUUUUAUCUAUCAGGGUCCGUGAUCACGCUUUUGGUUAACAUUUUCCUGUUCUGAUAAAUCAUAAAUCGACAGGCUCUGCCCUUAAACGAAAAAACAAACAAACUGGCCUGCUAGUCUAAACACUGUGCCUCUGUGUCUCAGACUUUGCCUCUAAACUAACCUGAUGAUGAGCCCUGGGGAAAGCACUGACCACGUGACUGUCAGUUUGUUAAAUUAUAAUGAUGACACCUAAACUGUAAAUAUGAAUUGUCAUUUUUGUGAACUUUCUCUCUCUCUCUCUCACUCACGCUCACUUCCAGUGUCCAAAGAAAGUUUGCUUAAGGCACAAACAUCACUACUGUAGUAGUGCAUGGCUUGCCAUUAUGUGACAUGGGAAGAUAAAAAGAGAAUAUUGUAGAAAAGAGAAAGUUAAAUUUAUUCCUAUUUUCAGAGAUAAAUGUAUAAAUUAUAACAGUAUUGGUUACAGCUGUAUAUUAUUUUUGAAGAUCCCCCAAAUGAUCUAAUCCUAAUUGUUACUGGGGAAAUAUAAUUUCAGUCAUUGUAAAAAGAGAAAAAUUUAAAGGUAAGCAGUGAAAGUAAGAUUAGAAAAAUAAAUGGAAUAAAAUGA